AUGCGGAUUGGGUACUUGAAGUGUAGCCACAGAAAGACGGGGCUGCUGCAUGAUCUCAAAAUAAAUGGCUCGAGGAAGAGCUCUUUCGUUAGCGUUCCCAGCUGCGGACCGAACGAUGAAGGAGGAAAGUACGACGAUAUAGAAAAUGUGAAAAAUGAAGGAGAUUUAAAGAAUUUCUUUUUGCAUUAUAGUAAAAAGGAUGCCACGGAGCUGAUGCGGGAUUAUGAAUUACUAACCAGUGGGACGUUAAAAAGGAAGUGUUCACUUUCUGAGGUGAUAGAAUGCCGCAACAUUUUGAAGUACGUGGUGGACACAACAUCUGUGGUGCAUUUUUUACGUUCGAAGGGAGGGGGCCAGAAGAGUGCGGGUACUCCUCUCACCGCGGCAAAUGAGAGUCAUCACACAAGUGGACCAAACAACGUCUACUACAUUCACAAUAUUGAGAAACCGAAAAUCAACAGAAAUGAACUGAUACGAACAAGCAGAAACAACCCUUCUAUGAAUGCUCUCUUGAAUAAUAACAUGCACAAAUUUAUCUAUAGACUAAAAAAAUGCGACAUUUUGAAUUAUAAGGAGAGAGUGAUAAGCAAGGAGCAUGUGAAUUACUGCUCCUUGUUAUUCCCUUUGACUUAUAUCAAUCUGAGGAGAGCAAAGGAAACUGAAGCUGACUCCUACUUCAUGGACACAAAUAUUUUCUAUCAUUAUGUUAACAGAAGAAACAGUAAAGGGUUUAUGGAGAUAUUGAAACAUGUUAAGUACAGAAUUUUGUCUGCGCAAGAAAUAAAAAAUGGUCUCCUCCUAUUGUCCAUCUUGCACCAUAACAACAUUUGCAUGUCAAAUGACAAAAGCAACAUUGUCAAGUGUGCAGGCACAUCGGAGGUUUUAUACAAAAAUGAAGAUUACGUUAAUAAAAAAAUGUUGCAAGACAUUUUCAUGACCUUAUGUCAGGGGAUUUAUUCUAAGCUAGAUUCCAUUUCGUUCCUCCAUCUGUAUGACUACCUGCUUCUCAUGUGUAUUAACGAAGUGAAACAUAAGGAGGUUUACGCAGGCAUCGUGAACCGCUUGUCGCAAUAUGCUAAUGUUAUUAACAAAAUUACCAACGACCUUAACAGGUCAGACGAAACGGGGGAGCCCCUUUCCGGGGGGGGAGACACCGUGGACGGGAGUGCUGCCACAGUUGGGAGUGGCAUUCAGACCGAUCAUCCCAGGGAGGAUCCACUUGGCCUUGAAGUCGAACCAAUCAACGGAGUAGCACCCGGAUGGACAAACCACAGUACGAGCGUCGUGGUCCACGAGGAGGGAGACCAAUUAGAUGGUGAAGAAGAUGAGUGGGCUGAAAACAUAGCGCAAGGUGAAGACAGUCGCUUUUACCUGAGGAAGGAUCACCGUCAGCACAUAAAGAACAACCUGAUAACCAUCAAGAAUAUCCUACUUCAGAAGGUACUGCUAGUCUACAUGGCGAAAUAUCUGUUCAGCCACAUAGACAGCAAUAUUCUGUACGCCCACUCUGACCUGAUCUGUGAGAAUUUGGAACUAAUGACACAUCAUAUGAUAACAAAUUAUAUUUUCACCAUCGGGACGUGCAAACAUGUAGACGAAUUCUGCAUGUUCAUGUUGGCAAAAUAUGUACAGAAUUAUGUACAUACAUACACACCAAACGAAAUUACCAUCAUUGUGAAUACUUAUGCGGACGCGUCUUUGGAGGAUGUCAGUUUUUACGAAACGAUUUGUGAACAUAUGAAGAGAAACUUUGAAACAUUUUCCUCUAUUGAUAUUAUCAAAAUAAUUUAUGCAUUUUCCAAAGUGAGGAUUCGAGAUGAGGAGUUGUUAAAAAUGGCGUAUGAAAAGAUAAAUAAUUAUUUGGAAGAGAGGGAGAGAAAAUUGGACGAUAUGUGUGUACAGGUAAAAGGGCAAUACUUACAAUGGGAGAGCGAAAAAAAAAAAAAAAAAAAAAAUUUCAGCACACACUACAAUAGCGAUACAGCCGUGCAAGAUGACUGCUUUCCGGAUGGAGGUGACCACCAUAUGGCGAGUUGCAACACUGUCUAUGAGGACAAACAAAACAAACGGAAUGUAAAAAGGAAAAAAUAUGUAAUUAACAAAUAUCUGUGUGCGUACGCAUUAAUUGCGGCGGGAAAGUUGGAUUAUGUAGAAGAACUGGACAAACUUUUUGUACACUUAAGGAAUACUAUACGUAGUGAAGGCAUCGAUAUAAGAGGUGUGUUGUGGAUGCCCAUGGUCAUCACGAGCUUGCUAUCAUCGGAAUGCAUUUUUCACUUCCUUCCCAUUUAUGUAAAUUUAAUUUACAAUGCUUUCAAAAAAACGCAAUCCCCAAAAUUGCUUUCGCUACUUAUACGAAGACACAGCAUUUUACUACAUACAAUCGAGACGGAUAUCAUUCCCAAAAAAUACAUCAGUAAAAGCACUCUGAACAAUUUGUAUUAUAUUUGCAAAACGAAGAAGGACAACUCGAAGGAGAAGGUGUUCAUUCCAGAUAGCUCCACUUUCCACAUUGAAGUCUCCAAUGCGUUGUUAUCCCUGGACAUUGUGCACAGGAAGGAAGUUAACAUUUAUCCCUUCACCAUUGAUAUUUUAAUUAGCAGGUCCGGAAAUAACGAACAGAAGGAGGGUCAAUCCAACAACACCCAGAGAGACUCACGCAGGGCGGCGGCGCCGUCAAGCUACGGAACAACAAACUUUACUCAUGAUCAUACCGCGAAGGAGAAGAAAAAAAUACACCAGUACGACAACGACACCAACUUUGAGCACACAUUCGAAACGAAGAAGGUUAAGAAGAAGUCCCAGAACAAAAAUGAGGUGUACACGGACGUGCCAAUCGCAUAG